CCCUUGAUUCCUCGUGACUUCAUUACAACAGUGACAUUGCCAGAAACUCGGUAUUUCCAACUAAGAUGGCGAGUGCGAUUGGAAGAAGACAAGCCUUCAAGCUUGCAACUCAGGCCAGGCUCUUCAGCUCAAGUGCUGCCCGAAAUGCAGCCCAAGUUAAGAGCCUGGGUGUCAUUGGGGCGGGACAGAUGGGCCUGGGGAUAGCUCUUGUGGCCGCACAGAAAGCUGGAAUACCUGUCACACUUAUCGACCAGUCUCAGGCUGCUCUGGACAAAGGAUUGGGGUUUGCAGAGAAACUCUUAGCCAAGGACGUGUCCAAAUCACGUCUCACCCAGGACCAGGCCGACAAGGCCCGAUCUUUGUUGUCUCCCAGUACCGCCAUUGAGGAUCUUUCCGGUGUUGAUUUCGUCAUCGAGGCUGUUCCUGAGAUUUCCAGCCUAAAGUUCGACAUAUUCGCCAAGCUGGCCAAGGUGUGCCCCAAGCAUACCAUUUUGGCGACCAAUACGUCUUCGAUUUCCAUCACCAAGAUAGCAGCCUCCACGACCAAGGACCCCACGGAUCUGUCUGCAAGCUCGCGUGUGGUGUCGACUCACUUCAUGAACCCGGUGCCUGUGCAGAAGGGUGUCGAGAUCAUCAGCGGGCUUCAGACGAGCAAGGAGACUGUCGACACCGCGGUCGAGUUCUGCAAGGCAAUGGGGAAGAUUCCCUCCGUGUCUGCGGACUCGCCAGGAUUUAUUGCUAAUCGGAUUCUGAUGCCGUAUAUCAAUGAGGCGAUCAUCUGUCUCGAGACUGGGGUUGGCACGCGGGAUGACAUUGAUGCCAUGAUGAAGAAUGGCACCAAUGUUCCCAUGGGACCCCUCCAGCUGGCUGACUUUAUUGGCUUGGACACCUGCUUGGCCAUCAUGAAGGUCUUGUACCAGGAAACAGGCGAUUCAAAGUACCGACCGAGUAUCCUGUUGGGAAAGAUGGUUGAUGCGGGUUGGUUUGGGAAGAAGAGUGGCAAGGGCUUCUACGACUAUUAGACUGUAACGGUAUGGUGUGUUUAGCUGUAAUCGACGGUCAGACCGAAACAUUGUUCAUCACCGCUUUGAACCUAAAGGAUUCAAUUCUUGUAGGGGCAUUGACGGUUUAAAUCCACAAAGGGAUACGGUGGUUGAGUCGUCGAAAACCGCUGCCAGUUGGGACUCGGGGUUGAGCCAUUCAAACCAAAGCAAGCCAAAGACAUGUAAUAUUACCAGGCCGAGGCCCAUAUUCAGUUGAUGGGUGGUGUGUUACUGCUCAGAUCACUGCUUAGAUCUGCCGAUACAACACAGACUCCCCCAUGUUGCUUUUAACAGGUGGGAGAUGUGUUUGCCCAAAACGUUAACUCGAAAGAAGUUCAUGAAAGGUGGUAUUCUAUCGGUGUAUUCGUAGCAACCCAGUUGGUGUCAAGUAUGACAGUAGCCAGCAUAACAUGAAGCAACCGACCACAAUGCCUCUAUUCAAAC